UUACCUCUGAGUCAACUCGCUCACGAGCCUAAAGUGGAUAUGUCAAAGGAGAAAGCCGAAAGAAGCUUAUAAUCGAAGCUAGAUUCGUUUCCGGAAACUCCUAUACAGUGAGAUUUCAUCUGCAUUUGCUACUCCCCGCCAAAACUGCUCCCGAAGCAAAUGUAGCUUUUGAUUCAGAAAAUUUAAAAAAAAAAAGAAGCUAGGGUUUCUCGAUUAAUUGUUCUUCGCUGAUUUAAUCGGAGUUUCUGGGUUUACAUUUGGAGAUGAAGAAGAUAUUCGGAGGUCCAGGAACUGUGUGUGGUCUGUUACUGAGAAUCGGGCAAUGUGCUUCUGCUGCUGCUUCAAUCGGCGUUAUGCUCUCUUCCACCGAGUUCUAUAACCGCACUGCUUUCUGCUACUUGAUUGCUUCGAUGGGUCUUCAAUUGCUGUGGAGCUUUGGCCUCGCAUGUCUUGAUGUUUAUGCUCUGAGGGGCAAGAAAGAUCUCCAAAACCCAAUCUUGGUUAGCUUAUUCGUCGUUGGUGAUUGGGUGACUGCAAUGUUAUCUCUUGCAGCUGCGUGUUCAUCAGCAGGAGUUGUAGUCUUAUUUGCCAGAGAUCUUAAGUAUUGCAAUAUCCGUGAGCAGUUUUCAUGUCUUAGGGAAGGAUUGACGAAACACACAUAAAUGUCACAUGUGUCUGUUCCGAAAAUUCACAAAUUAACUCUAUGAAGACCUAGAAGGAUUAACCAAAACAGUGACACAUACAUCAAACAUCCUGUAUGCCCGUCCAGCUUUCGUCAAACAUAUAAGCAUCUCUUUCACAGAAGCGAAAACAAAAUAUUGAGGAUCUGGUGAUUGGUUUGCGAAACUCAAGUUGAUCUUGUCAGCCAUGUGUGUACUGUGUUCUAUAAAUUUGAGAUGGAAAAGGAGCUUUCGUCAAACAUAUAAGCAUCUCUUUCACAGAAGCGAAAACAAAAUAUUGAGGAUCUGGUGAUUGGUUUGCGAAACUCAAGUUGAUCUUGUCAGCCAUGUGUGUACUGUGUUCUAUAAAUUUGAGAUGGAAAAGGCAAAAAAAUUGUCGCCGACUGUGGGGAUCGAACCCACGGCCACGUGAUUAAAAGUCACGCGCUCUACCACUGAGCUAAGUCGGCUUUGAUACUUUGUUGCAUAUAUGUUUGAUAAUGUCUAAUAAAAAUAACAAUUCCUGAAA